CGUUAGUCAUGAGCUCUUAAAAAUUAAGCGGCAGCAAGAUCAUGCAGCAAGUAAGCGCUGCGGUCAUGCAAAGCUCCCCCCGCACCAGAAUUGGCUUCCCAUCUAAUCACGCAAGCAUGCCUUCCCGCCAAUCUCCUGCUCGGCUCUUAGAAACCCAAAGCCCUAACAAAGUAGCACAUUAUAAAUUUAGGGUUGCUCCCUCUUACCAAGCUCAGAUUUCUGGACCGCCUAUAUAUAUAUAUAUAUAUAAAGCACAUAUGUAGAGCUUGCAUUUUCGGUUAAAGGUCUCUCGGCUAUCAAGAUCCUUCACAAUCAGAAGAAAGGAAGGCUAAAGACAUUACAGAUCAUUUAGUGGUGACGGGAGAAGUCAUGGGAAGGAGGGAGGUUUCAUGGAGUCUCAUUUUCUUGGCGAUGGGGCUGGUUAGUUUUGUAUCUGUUGAAGCCACGGGGAGGUCUCUGAGAGAUAAGGGGAAUGACUUGAACAAGGGGCUCCAGAAUUGGCACGGUAAAGAGACUACAUAUGGAGAAAUGACAGCUGGUGGUUUCGGGGGAGGGUCUUAUAAUAGAGAUGAACUGGACAAGGGGCUCCAGAGUUGGCGCGGUAAAGAGACUACCUACGAAGAACUGACAGCUGGUGGUUAUGGGGGCGGGUCUGGUUUCGGCUCUGGUGGUAGUGGGGGUUUUGGCAGUGGGGGUGGUAUAGGAAAUGGUGGUGAUGGUGGCAGUGGCUUUGGAGGCGGUGCUGGUUAUGGGGGUGGGUCUGGUAAUGGUGGUGGAUUGGGUGGUGGUUAUGGUAAUGGUGGCGGAUUUGGCAAUGGCGGAGGGGGUGGUGGAUUCGGUAAUGGUGGCGGCUUUGGCAGUGGAGGUGGUGGCUUUGGCAAUGGUAGUGGAGGAAGCGGACAAGGGGGGGGCUCGGACGUGGGGUCAGGUCCAGGGUAUGGUGGUGGUGGUGGUGGUGGAGGUGGAGGAUAUGAUCAUGAUGGGAGGAAGAACUAGGUCCUGGAAGAUCUUCACUAGAAUAAGAUGACUUUUCCAGUUUAUCAUGUCAAUAAAAUGAAUUAAUUCAUGUUCUGUAAUGGUGCAAUUGUUCUGUUAAUCUACAUAUAAAACAAAAAUUAAACGAUUUCACUCAUAUGCAUUGACAAGUACCAAAGCCUGCUUAGUGAGUUCAUACUUUAGCCAUGAACACGUAAUC